AUUAGUUGAUUGAGGUCACAUGUGGGAAAAAUGGCCUCUUCCAGAAAGAAGGUUGUCAACGAGAUCAAAGACAAAGCUAAUGCAUUUCUAGCAAGUCGGAAAAAUUGUAAUUUUUUGAUAGAAUUACACAGCACAUUAAUGUCUAGCGAUGUUUAUGAAGUUCUAGCUGGAAUACAAGCUAUAAACCGGGUUUUCCAUCAUCUCCUUCAGAAUGGAGAUCUUUAUCAACCAUCGUCACAUUAUGAUGAAGAGUUAACGAUUGAAGAUAAAUACAAGGCAUGGUUACAUGAUCAGUAUGUUGAAAUAAAGUCUCGGUUACUGGAACUACUUCAGCAUGAUAACCAAAAUGUUCAAGAACUUGCACUUUGUACAUUAAUGAGACUUGUGUCAGGAAUUGGAAAAGACCCUCUCCAUCCUGUGGAUGAAAAUAUAGCUUACUUCCCCACAGAACUCUUACAGGACGUAUUAAGACAGUUACUGUCUGAAGAAAAAGACCUUCGACCUUUAAUUGGACGGUUCCAGGAGUUUCUAGAAUACAAUGAUGUGAAGUUUUAUACAUUGAAGAUCCUAACCAAGCUAAUGAAAUUACGUAAAAAAAAGGACCUGAAUGAUUGUUUUCUACAUAACCUUUUUGCAUUGAUGUCUCAAAUUGUUCUUCCAAAAAAGCCAUCUAAAAAAUUUGAAGCCGAAACGAAACUAGAAAAUAACUUGAUUCAGUCAGAAAAUAGACCAUCAUUUGUCUUACACUAUAUCACAACAAGCAAGAAGUUUUCAUUUUUAUGGUUGGAGUUUCUUAAGUGCAAGUUGCCUGUGGGACUGUACAAGAAGGUUCUGUUGAUGCUUCAUGAACAUGUGCUUGCACAUUUACAGAAUCCCCUUUUAUUAACUGAUUUCCUUAUAGAUUCGUAUAACGUAGGUGGUGCUAUAAGUUUAUUGGCACUCAACAGCUUAUUUGUGCUCAUUCAGAAGUACAACUUAGAAUACCCAGACUUCUAUGGGAAACUGUAUGCUUUGUUAGAACCGGAGGUCUUCCAUGUGAAGUACAAAGCUCGUUUCUUCUACCUUGCCGACAUAUUUCUCUCUUCCACACAUCUUCCUGCCUACCUGGUAGCAGCAUUCAUCAAACGAUUAGCAAGGUUAGCCUUGAGCGCACCACCUCAUGCCCUUUUAAUGGUCAUCCCAUUCAUUGGAAAUUUAUUACUGAGGCAUCCUAACCUCAAGAUUCUGCUCAAUAGAGAAAAUAUUUCAUGUGAUGUUACAUCAGAUCCAUACAUCAUGGAAGAGCGUGAUCUUACAAAGUGCAGAGCAAUCGAGAGUUCCUUGUGGGAAGUGAAGACUCUCCAGAAUCACUGGUGUCCAGAUGUUGCUUCUAAAGCCAAGUUCAUCAAUGGACCUCUCCCAAAGAUGGAGUUUGAUCUGUCAGACUUAAUGAUAGAAAAGGAAGUAAAGAGAAAAAUUAAAGAUGUUCCUGUUGCCUUUGACCGACCUUCUGGACUUUUCCAAAGAAAAGAAGACAAAAUGGAAGAUAUUUGGAUAUUAGAAUAAAUAUAUUGUAAUUAUAUGAAAUAAAGGCUAUUUUAAUUA